GGCCAGUGCAGGGCUAUAUAAGCCCCCCGGGAUGUACGUAUAACGCGGCUUCACACUGUCUUCUCCUUCUUGAUCAUCCAAACCUCAGCUCUUACCGUCUCAAGAUGGUGAGUACCAGGGUUCCCUCAUCCCUGCUCUCUAUACUGCUGGAAAUAUCUCCAUGGAAAUCAAAGCAACCCUAAUGGAAUAAACAUCAUUUUUUAUGCAUUUAAAAAAAAAUCUUGAAUAAGGUUAAUUUUAAGAUUUGGAACAAACAUCAUGUAAUUCUGGACAUUUAUGUGUACUAAUGAUGCAGCUUUGAGGGUGCUUUAAUUUUUUGGUGUUAAAUUCAGAUGCAUGCCAAACCCUGACAUCUGCAGACCCACAAAUUUUUAUUAUUUAUUUAUUUUUUAUUUCGAAAUGCACAAUAUAUUGCUGUGGCAGGCACGAGACAAGACAUGGCUAACCUGAGGUCCAAAUAUUAGGACCUUGGUUUGUGGUAUGAUUAAUUUGACAAAAAGGUGGAGAAAUAUUGAUAUUCUCUGUAAUAGUAAUUUUAAUUUUGAGACUUUCAUGCUUUUUGAGGUGCCUAAAUGAAUCAAUAAAAAUACAAGUUGGAAUGAAAAAUAUACAACUUUUAAACCCGUAAGUAUUACUGUGUAUUUUAACCAAAAGCCAAAAUGACUGACCUGAAAUUUUCACUCCUGUUAUAAUCCUCCAGGCACCAAAGAAGGCCAAGAGGAGGGCAGCAGCAGGAGACAGCGGCUCCUCCAAUGUGUUCUCCAUGUUUGAGCAGAGCCAGAUUCAGGAGUACAAAGAGGUGAGGUUUGUCUGACCUAGCAGCCCCUUUGGCAGCCUCAGGAUGCAGUAGACAUCUGUGUCAUCUCUGGAUAGAUAAUAGAAAGAUAGAAACUGUUUAAGAAUUGGAAUUACAGCUGGUGUAUUUUCAAAUCAACCUCUUAAGAUGGCAACCAAAAUUAGCAUCUGGUUGAGCAACCUUUCAGAUCCAUUUUCACGACAGUUGCUAUUUUGCCGGCCCCCCUCCUCUCCCCUGACAGUUUAAUAAGCAUCAGAAUGUCAUUAGGAGGGAGCUUUGAAAUCUCUGACACCAUCUGAAGCUCUCCCUGUUUUACUGACCCUUGAACUCCCCUCCAGCUGUCACUUAGACAUCUCGCUAAACCUCUUGCUGAAGGCCGAGAGGCCCAGCAGAAACAGCUGGACUUUGAGAAGCAUAUUUAAAUAUGACGGCAGGACAGUAAAGACAAGGGCUGCAUUUGAUAUUUUUAGAGAGUUUGAAGUUUGCUCCAGAAAGGCCUUCUACUUCUACUACUUCAUAAAUAUAGAAAGAAAGACCCUUAACUGUAAGAAGAAUGUGUAACAGUGAGGCGUUACGGGUGUGUGAUGGUUCAGUAAGGUCAGGGUAUUUCAUUUGAGGGUGGGCUGUCAGGGUACGGGAUAAUGAUGCGGUUUUCAGAGUGCUGGGAAUAGAAGGAACAUUCCUCCUGCGAUAAGUGAUACAGGCAUCUUGGGUGCCACUUGUGGAAUGUAUGACUUGAUGAUUAGGAUGAUCUUAGCACGUCACACUGAUGGAAAGAUACCAGCCGACGGAUUCACCAUCCGAGGAAGGGAGGCAUGCCUGUUUGUAUGUGUAAGUGUGCGUGUAAGAGGAAGAGAAGACAGGGAGAGAGGAGAGUUUGAUGCCAGAGGUUGGGGGUUGAGUUCAAGUUCAGGUCCAAAAGGGUAAUCUUAAAUUUCAUCGGGGUAAGUUGUGCCGGGUGAGAGGAUCAGACAGCUGUUCUCAAAUGAUACUUUCCCAGAUUAACAUGUAAGUAAAAACUCAGAGCCACCUCAAGCAACCCCCUCCUUUUCCUAAAGCUCCACCCAAUGCCAAGUCCAUCCACACACCCUGCUCCCCUUGUGUCUUCUCUGAGUAAUGCUCUUCUUUUUCUUCUUCCCCGCAGGCUUUCACAAUCAUUGACCAGAACAGAGAUGGUAUCAUCAGCAAAGAUGAUCUGAGGGACGUGCUGGCUUCAAUGGGUGUGUGGGAUUCUUUUAAAUAGUAGAAACAUGUAUGAAUGUUUGUUUUCUUGUAGUUAAAUGACUUUUUUAUGUGAUGUUUAGGCCAGCUGAAUGUGAAGAAUGAGGAGCUGGAGGCCAUGAUCAAGGAGGCCAGCGGCCCCAUCAACUUCACCGUCUUCCUCACCAUGUUCGGCGAGAAGCUGAAGGGUACAUUUUUAAUUUGACCAACUGUCGAUCCUUCAUCAAAAAGUCAUCAAUAUCUAAACCAUAGGCAGUUGUCUGUCAGUGAGAAGAUAUAUAACUAGCCUACUCAAGGCCUGGAAGUGAAUAUCAACAGAUCAGGUGUGAUGUUGCCUUAUAUGUAACAUAAUAAGGCAAACACAAUAUCAUAUAAUGUACAGACAUUCCCAGGAUAAAUGAAGAUGUAGGUUAAGAACAUUCAUGCAAUACCCGUAAAAAAUGUUCAUACUGACAUACAUUAAAACCAUGAAACCUACAUAUUUGAAUGGACCACAUGUGUGAAAUUGUUCCAAUUUUUUUUUGUUUGAUGUAAAGUUUGUCCAAACAUGUAGAUUUAUAUUUUCAUCUCACAUAAUUCAAUUUAUAAACAUAUAUUAGAUUUCUGUAUGGUCUGUACUUUUGUCGUAUUUUCUAUUGUAUGUGCAGUUUAUUUUUAUAUAUUUACAUGACUUUACUCAGAUUCAAGGUAGCAGUUUCUGAUAGCUUUUAGAUCAGCAUCUCAUCGACAUAUCUCCUGUUUAAUGAGCACUUUUAUUUAGAAAAUACUGUUUUGAUCAUUUGCUGAUCUCUUCCUGUCUCUGACCAGGUGCUGACCCCGAGGACGUUAUUCUUAGCGCCUUCAAGGUCCUGGACCCCGAGGGUACCGGAACCAUCAAGAAGCAAUUGUAAGCACUUCAUUUCUUAUUUUAAUGCUCAUGAAUGAUACAGUUUCAUGGAGGAUUAUUUGAAUUCAAUGUCUGUCUGUCUGUCUGUCUGUCUUCUUCAGCCUUGAGGAGCUUUUGACCACUCAGUGCGACAGGUUCAACAAGGAUGAGGUAAAAAUCACCCACCUGUUGGAGUAAUACCGCAUGCUUUUGUAGACUGAUUCACAGGCUUCAUUGGUCAUUCAGGAUUUUCCAGGUUAGGGGUGUAGCGUUGUCUAAUUGCAGCAUGUAGAUUUUCAUCAACUUGUUCAUAAAUCAGGGGGGUAUGGACUCCUUAGAUGAGGCAAUAACGUUUAUUUUUGCACACUUUUCAACGUAUUUGAUCAGUUUAGUGAGAACAUGGCUCAACAGCUUUUAUUCAAAUGAGCAGGUUAUCCAUUUCCGGAUUUUUAGGAGAGUACGAACCUUUUUCCAUAGGUUUUUAGUCAAACAUAUAUGUGCAGAUCCCCUACAAUAUUUAUCCAUCCCAAGACUAAAGCAGCAGAUCUCUUUGCACAAAACUUAAAAGAUAAUUUUUAAGAUUAACAGGGGCUGCCAGAGCCUAUUUAAAGUCAAAGUUCCUUAUAGGAGUGUUAAAUCUUUGGUCAAAAUUACACUUGAGAGCUGUUUUAGAGUACAGAGGAUGCUUGGCAGACAAAACAAUGUGAAAAAUCUGUAUUUCAUCAGAGAUAUAUCCAGGGUGCAUCACCUUGUCCCUCCUUUUCCUCCCCAGAUUAAGAACAUGUGGGCCGCCUUCCCCCCAGAUGUUGCUGGCAACGUAGACUACAAGAACAUCUGCUAUGUCAUCACACACGGAGAGGAGAAGGAGGAGUAAAAAGAGCUAGAAGACAAAAGACAGCAAUCCCUUUGCUAUUCUGCCUUCCCUGUCCUAAUCUGUCCUACUCUUCCUUCCCAAUCCCCUCUUGUUGUAACCCAUGUGCUCGGCCGCUCACACCAAAGACUCAUGCUGACACGUGAGAGGGUCGGUGCACAUGAUGUGUCUAUGUUUGCUUAUGGGGAAUAGGGGUGAUUUUCAAUAAAAUUAUCCUGUAACAUCAUUUCCAUCCACAAGCUUUUCUCACAAACCUUUUCUUUCCUUGCAACCAUUCAUCUGUCUUCUCACCUCUUCAUGUCUGCCUGCCUUGUCACUUCAUCCUGAGGUGUUUGUGUGAAUGAGAUGUGUCCCUCUGCUCCCCUCCUAGUCUGAGGAGAGAGGGGGUCUGCAAUAUCUGAGGACCUCAUUCCAAAUUUUGAAGAAGUCCUCUUUCUGGGUGGAAGAGGUGGGAGGAGGAGCAUUUGCAGGUUAGAGAGGACAAAAGUUGCCUCCUUAAAGUGACAACAACUUUUGUCCUCGAAGGUAAAAGAAACGAAUGAAGGAGAGAAGGGAAAGGAUCGAAAGAAAACAUUCAAGUCUUCGAUGUCUUUCCCUUCGCUCCUUGCAUGAGUAAAAUCCUCUUCUUUUCCAUAAGCUGUCUCAACGUCAGAAACUGGACUCUUCCUCUGUAAUGAAUAAAAGGGACGAACUGUGAAUAAAAUCUCUUUCCUUUUGUAAAAUAGUGUCUCUGGUCAGUGGCUCUGUGGGACAGGGAUAAGGGUAGUAACAGGUCGAAUAAAGCAAUGAGUCCUUCACUCAAGCAAAGCUGGCGCCCUCUGGUGAACCUUCUUGGAACUGCAUGUAAUCGUGCCAUUGAGGGACAUUUGAUUGAGAAAGUCCUACACUGUUGUCAGUCUGUAUAUUACUGCACUGACACCACAAACAUGAGCAGGCCACGAUAAAAAGCAAAUAAAAAAUCUAAAAACAUACAGUAAAUUUUUGAACAUAUGUAAGAGAAAAAAAGAGUAUAAAAUAGUAUGAGCAUAGCGAUAUCAGC